AUGGCCGCUGCAGAGCACACGCCUCUUAUAUUCGCGGAUGAUGAGUGGUCACCACUCAAGUCUGUCAUUGUCGGUCGUGCCGAACAUUCUGCCUUCCCUUCAGAGCCACUACAAAUGAUAGAGGCCACGAUGCCAUCCGAGCAUGUCCAGCACUUCAAGAAGUCAAAUCCCUUCCCAGCCGAGGUUUUGGCUGAAGCUCAAAAAGAGCUCGACAACUUUGCCACCAUUCUCCAAAAGGAGGGAAUCCGUGUUUAUCGCCCCAAGGAAGUUGACUGGGUCAAGGCUGGUGGCUACACCGGUGCCAUGCCUCGAGACGGCCUUAUGACUGUUGGAAACGUCCUUAUUGAGGCUCCGUUUGCCUGGGGAUGUAGACGACACGAGAUUAAGCUUGGAUAUUCAGAUAUCUUAAACGAAUUGGGCAAAAGCGGCUCAUCCCGAAUCUGUCGAGCUCCAGAAAUUAUUGGAGAAGACACCUUGUACUAUAAGAAGGCGGUGAAUGGUAACGCUGACGGCAGCAACUGGACAAUCAACAACACCCGGCCAGCCUUCGAUACAGCUGACUUUAUGCGCUUUGGGAGAACAAUAAUCGGACAACUUAGCCAUGUCACCAACCGCAAGGGAGCGCAGUACCUUCAAGCAAUGGUUCCUGAUGGUUAUACCGUGGAACUCCUCGAUACCACUGACGAGAGUGCGAUGCAUAUAGAUGCAACGAUCCUUCCACUUCGUAGGGGGCUCUUGGUAUACCACCCAGAGCGUGUUACUGAGGAAGCCCUCCGCAGGCAUGCUGUGUUCAGGGACUGGGAGCUUCGAAAGUACCCCUUCGUACCAAAGCCGCGUGGCCCCGAAGGUCCCCCGUUAUUCAUGUGUUCUCCUUGGCUGGUGCUGAAUGCCCUAAGCUUGGACGAGAAACGCAUCAUGGUUGAGGCCAAUGAUACCCAGUUUGCUUCAUGGGUGAAGGAAGAGUUUGGCAUGGAACCAAUCAUGAUCCCGUUCCAGCACGUCAACAGCAUCGGCGGGUCUUUCCACUGUGCAACUGUGGACCUCGUGCGGACGUAA